CAGAGCCUAGUAUGCACUGUACAGCCCCUAUUACUGCCCCGAGGCCGCCAGAACUAAAUUCCUUUCCUCUCCCUGCCCCUGACUAACCAGCCACUGCCUUGGUUAUCCUCUUGGGGGAGGCAUGAGGAUUGGGGUUUGUGUUUAUACCGUGGUUUCCAAGCAUAACACAAAGCACAGGGCAGGCUCCCAGCAGCUGUUUCCUGGGGGCUGGGAGAUGAAUGGGGUGUGUGCAGAGGUGCUUUUCUGCCCUUUCUCUUAGGAAUUGGGCUCUGCUGGAGCAGGAGACCCUGGGGAGGCUCAUUGCCCCUUGCCUUCCCCUAGGCAGCCUAGAAGCUGUCAGGAUUGGGGGUAAGGUUGCUGGCAUGGAGGUUUCAGCCCAUUAACUGCCCUGGAACCCUGCAGCCCGGUUGCCAAGCUACCCCAGAACACAUCUGGCGCUCUCUCCUGGCGACGCCAUGUGGCCCUUGCUGUGGAUGACUGUGCGGACCUACGCCCCUUAUGUCACCUUCCCUGUGGCCUUUGUGGUGGGGGCGGUGGGCUACCACCUGGAGUGGUUCAUCCGUGGUGACUCUCCACAGCCGGCCGAGGAGGAGAAGAGCAUCUCGGAGCGGCGGGAGGACAGGAAGCUGCAGGAGAUUGCGGGCAAGGACCUGACUGAGGUGGUGAGCCUCAAGGAGAAGCUGGAGUUCACCCCCAGGGCCGUGCUGAACAGGAACCGUCCAGAGAAGAGUUAACCAGGCUGCCCAGGCACCUCCAGGGCCCAUGGGGGUGUGAACCAUAGCAGCCUGGCGUGACUGGUUCCCCCCAUUCCUUUGGGUUGGAGCUGAGCACUCAGCCCAUCUGGCUGCAGGUCAGGACCCUGGGUCCCUUAGCCGGGCUCCUGGAGACUGUCCCAUCUCACCCACGUGUUUUCAAUCCCAGUUCACCAAUAUCUGGCUCGUGCUGGACACCCCCCCCCCCCCGCCCCCGGUGCUUACACUGGCUAUCUUGCAAGGUGGCUGCGUGUUGGAGUUUCCCACCCAAAGAUGGAGGAGGAGGUGUGGCCAAGGAGGCAGAGCUGGGCAGUUUUGGCCAUUGCUGCCUGAGUUCCUGGCGCACCCAGUCGCACAGCUGGGGAGAGGGAUGACGCUCCAGAGGCCGAACAGUUCCUGGAGGAGAAAGCUCCACUCCUAGGUUGAACAGGCCCUCGAUGCUCAGCCCGCCCUGUCCCGGAUCCCUCUGGAUCUCCCUUGAUUCUGCAGGUUUCCUUUGCAUGGAAACAGCCAAGACUUGUGUCCUGUCCAGGUGGUGGAGCGUAGCUGCCUCUGGCCAGAGACCGGAGGUGCUGGAGGGUGUGUCCUGGGAACUGAAUUGCAUGGGGUCAGGAGUGGGGCAGGAGUUUUGCACAUUGCUCGCUUCCCUGUUCCUGGCUUGGAUUCCCCCUUGCUUCUCAGGACCCCCAGAUUCACCCUCACUAUCAGGCACAGCCCCUCCCCAGCUGUGGUGGGUGCCUCUGGUGUCAGACUGGCAGCUGGGGUGGAGCAUGAGGGAAGCUGUAAUUGCCUGGCAGGCCAGAGACUGGUGGGGGAAGCUGGAAGUCAUUUCACCCUCCUGUCCCAGGAGCCCUGGCAAUACCUACGCAGGGAGCUCUGGGUGCGUUGCUGUGGGGCUGAGAUUUAGGGAAUGAAAUGACCUUGCAGCUGUGUUGAACGAAGCCAGAUUAAACCAGCCUGAGAACUCA